AUGGCAGAUGUGGAUCCAGACACAUUGCUGGAAUGGCUACAGAUGGGACAGGGAGAUGAAAGGGACAUGCAACUAAUAGCACUUGAACAGCUAUGCAUGCUGCUUUUGAUGUCUGACAACGUGGACCGAUGUUUUGAAACAUGCCCUCCUCGCACUUUCUUACCAGCCCUCUGCAAAAUUUUUCUUGAUGAAAGUGCCCCAGACAAUGUGUUGGAGGUAACAGCCCGUGCCAUAACAUACUAUCUGGAUGUAUCUGCAGAAUGCACCCGAAGGAUUGUUGGGGUAGAUGGAGCUAUAAAAGCACUUUGUAAUCGAUUGGUUGUGGUAGAACUUAACAACAGGACUAGCAGAGACUUAGCUGAGCAAUGUGUAAAGGUGCUGGAACUGAUAUGCACUCGUGAGUCAGGAGCAGUCUUCGAGGCUGGUGGUUUGAAUUGUGUGCUUACCUUCAUUCGUGACAGUGGACACCUGGUUCAUAAAGAUACCUUGCACUCCGCCAUGGCUGUUGUAUCAAGACUCUGUGGCAAAAUGGAACCUCAAGAUACUUCUUUAGAAAUUUGUGUGGAAUCUCUGUCUAGUUUAUUAAAACAUGAAGAUCAUCAGGUUUCGGAUGGAGCUCUGCGAUGUUUUGCAUCAUUAGCUGACCGAUUCACCCGUCGUGGUGUUGACCCAGCUCCAUUAGCCAAACAUGGAUUAACUGAAGAGCUCUUAUCUCGAAUGGCUGCUGCUGGUGGUACCAUAUCAGGGCCAUCAUCAGCUUGCAAACCAGGUCGCAGCACCACAGGUGCGCCUUCCACAGCUGCGGAUUCCAAAUUGAGUAACCAAGUUUCCACAAUUGUAAGUCUGCUCUCAACACUUUGCAGAGGCUCUCCAGUAGUCACACACGAUCUUCUGAGGUCAGAGCUUCCAGAUUCAAUUGAGAGUGCAUUGCAGGGUGACGAAAGAUGUGUGCUUGAUACCAUGCGUUUGGUUGACCUUCUCUUGGUGCUAUUAUUUGAAGGACGAAAGGCUUUGCCAAAGUCUAGUGCUGGAUCUACAGGCAGAAUCCCAGGACUCCGGAGAUUGGAUAGCUCAGGGGAGCGCUCACAUCGGCAGCUUAUAGACUGUAUUCGAAGUAAAGAUACUGAUGCCCUUAUAGAUGCAAUUGACACAGGAGCCUUUGAAGUAAAUUUCAUGGAUGAUGUGGGUCAGACUCUGUUAAAUUGGGCCUCAGCUUUUGGAACUCAGGAAAUGGUAGAAUUUCUUUGUGAAAGAGGUGCUGAUGUUAAUAGAGGUCAAAGAUCAUCAUCAUUACAUUAUGCUGCAUGUUUUGGAAGACCUCAAGUAGCCAAGACUCUAUUACGACAUGGUGCAAACCCAGAUCUGAGAGAUGAAGAUGGGAAAACUCCAUUAGAUAAAGCUCGUGAAAGGGGCCAUAGUGAAGUAGUGGUUAUACUUCAGUCUCCAGGUGAUUGGAUGUGUCCAGUUAAUAAGGGAGAUGAUAAGAAAAAGAAAGAUACUAACAAAGAUGAAGAAGAAUGUAAUGAGCCAAAAGGAGAUCCAGAAAUGGCACCCAUAUACCUGAAAAGGUUAUUGCCAGUGUUUGCACAAACAUUUCAGCAAACUAUGUUACCUUCAAUAAGAAAAGCAAGUCUUGCUCUGAUUCGAAAAAUGAUUCACUUUUGCUCUGAAGCAUUGUUAAAAGAAGUUUGUGAUUCUGAUGUUGGUCACAAUUUGCCUACAAUACUCGUGGAAAUCACUGCAACAGUCCUUGAUCAAGAGGAUGAUGAUGAUGGCCACUUGCUGGCUUUGCAAAUCAUAAGGGAUUUAGUAGAUAAAGGUGGUGACAUUUUUUUGGAUCAGCUAGCCAGACUUGGUGUAAUUAGCAAAGUGUCAACUUUGGCAGGUCCUUCCUCAGAUGAUGAGAAUGAAGAGGAGUCAAAACCAGAAAAAGAAGAUGAACCACAGGAAGAUGCCAAAGAAUUACAGCAAGGUAAACCAUAUCAUUGGAGAGACUGGUCAAUCAUUAGGGGAAGAGACUGCUUAUAUAUAUGGAGUGAUGCAGCUGCCUUGGAAUUAUCUAAUGGCAGUAAUGGAUGGUUCAGAUUUAUCUUGGAUGGAAAACUUGCUACAAUGUAUUCAAGCGGUAGUCCUGAAGGCGGAUCAGAUAGUUCAGAAAGCAGGAGUGAAUUCUUAGAGAAGUUACAAAGAGCUCGAGGCCAAGUAAAGCCAUCUACUUCAAGUCAACCUAUACUCUCAACGCCAGGACCCACUAAACUCACUGUAGGGAAUUGGUCACUAACAUGUUUGAAAGAAGGAGAAAUUGCUAUUCAUAACUCAGAUGGUCAGCAAGCAACAAUAUUGAAAGAAGAUUUACCUGGUUUUGUAUUUGAAUCCAAUAGAGGAACCAAACACUCAUUUACUGCAGAAACUUCUCUGGGUUCAGAAUUUGUGACUGGCUGGACUGGCAAAAGAGGCAGAAAACUGAAAUCUAAAUUAGAAAAAACAAAACAAAAGGUACGCACUAUGGCUCGAGAUUUAUAUGACGACCACUUUAAAGCUGUUGAAAGCAUGCCUCGUGGAGUAGUGGUAACACUCAGAAACAUAGCAACUCAGUUAGAGUCAUCUUGGGAACUUCAUACAAAUAGACAAUGUAUUGAGAGUGAAAACACAUGGAGAGAUUUAAUGAAGACAGCUUUAGAAAAUCUAAUUGUACUUUUGAAGGAUGAAAACACCAUUUCACCAUAUGAAAUGUGCAGUAGUGGCUUGGUGCAAGCGCUUCUUACUGUUUUAAACAAUAGCAUGGAGUUAGAUGUGAAACAAGAUUGUAGUCAACUAGUAGAAAGAAUAAAUGUUUUUAAAACAGCCUUUAGUGAAAAUGAAGAUGAUGAAAGUCGACCAGCAGUUGCAUUAAUUCGAAAAUUAAUAGCUGUACUAGAAUCUAUUGAACGCCUACCUCUCCAUUUGUAUGAUACACCAGGAUCUACAUACAACCUCCAGAUUCUUACCAGAAGAUUAAGGUUCCGGUUAGAGCGUGCGCCUGGUGAAACUGCCUUGAUAGACAGGACUGGCAGGAUGUUGAAGAUGGAGCCCUUAGCUACAGUCGAAUCUUUGGAACAGUACCUCCUAAAAAUGGUAGCAAAGCAGUGGUAUGAUUUUGACCGAUCUUCAUUUAUUUUUGUUCGAAAAUUAAGAGAAGGCCAAAAUUUUAUAUUUCGGCACCAGCAUGAUUUUGAUGAAAAUGGAAUUAUUUACUGGAUUGGGACAAAUGCCAAAACUGCAUAUGAAUGGGUAAAUCCAGCUGCUUAUGGACUUGUAGUAGUAACAUCAUCAGAAGGAAGAAAUCUACCUUAUGGCCGCUUAGAAGACAUACUAAGUCGUGAUAAUUCAGCUUUAAAUUGCCAUAGCAAUGAUGAUAAGAAUGCGUGGUUUGCCAUAGAUAUGGGUCUGUGGGUGAUUCCAUCAGCAUAUACACUUCGUCAUGCUCGUGGCUAUGGAAGGUCUGCGCUGAGGAAUUGGGUUUUCCAGGUAUCCAAAGAUGGACAGAACUGGACCUCUUUGUAUACCCAUGUUGAUGACUGCAGUCUCAAUGAACCAGGGUCAACAGCAACAUGGCCUCUUGAUCCACCAAAGGAUGAGAAACAAGGUUGGCGACAUGUGAGAAUUAAACAGAUGGGAAAGAACGCUAGCGGUCAAACUCACUACCUCUCACUGUCUGGAUUCGAACUUUAUGGCACUGUAAAUGGAGUAUGUGAAGAUCAGCUAGGAAAAGCAGCUAAGGAAGCAGAAGCUAAUCUGAGAAGACAAAGGCGUCUAGUACGCUCCCAGGUUCUAAAAUACAUGGUUCCAGGGGCUCGUGUGAUCAGAGGCCUUGAUUGGAAAUGGCGAGAUCAGGAUGGCAGCCCACAGGGAGAAGGCACCGUCACGGGAGAACUGCAUAAUGGCUGGAUUGAUGUCACCUGGGAUGCUGGUGGCUCAAACUCUUACCGUAUGGGCGCAGAAGGAAAAUUUGACCUCAAGCUUGCACCAGGGUACGACCCUGAUACAGUGGCAUCACCCAAACCUGUUUCAUCCACUGUUUCAGGCACAACGCAAUCAUGGAGCAGCUUGGUGAAAAACAACUGUCCAGACAAGACAUCUGCUGCUGCAGGCUCCUCAAGUAGAAAAGGAAGCAGCAGUUCUGUGUGUAGCGUGGCCAGUAGCAGCGACAUCAGCUUGGGUUCGACCAAAACGGAACGGAGAUCAGAAAUUGUAAUGGAACACAGUAUAGUUUCAGGAGCUGAUGUCCAUGAACCAAUUGUUGUACUUUCAUCUGCUGAAAACAUCCCUCAAACAGAAGUAGGGUCAUCAUCCAGUGCCAGCACCAGUACCUUAACAGCGGAAACGGGAAGUGAAAAUGCUGAAAGAAAGUUAGGCCCCGAUAGUUCUGUUCGUACUCCUGGAGAGUCUAGUGCAAUAUCCAUGGGAAUUGUUAGUGUCAGUUCUCCUGAUGUUAGUUCAGUGUCUGAGUUAACUAAUAAAGAAGCAGCUUCACAACGGCCCCUUAGCUCCUCAGCAAGUAACAGACUGUCAGUGAGUUCUUUGUUGGCUGCGGGGGCCCCUAUGAGCUCUAGUGCAAGUGUACCUAACCUGUCCUCAAGAGAAACAUCUAGCUUGGAGAGUUUUGUAAGGAGAGUGGCAAACAUAGCACGGACUAAUGCCACGAACAACAUGAAUCUAAGCCGAAGCAGCAGUGAUAACAACACUAAUACUUUGGGGAGGAAUGUGAUGAGCACAGCAACUUCUCCUCUUAUGGGUGCUCAGAGUUUUCCUAAUUUGACCACACCUGGUACUACAUCAACAGUGACUAUGUCAACAUCCAGUGUUACGAGCAGCAGCAAUGUAGCUACAGCAACAACAGUUUUAUCAGUUGGGCAGUCGUUAAGUAAUACUUUAACCACCAGCCUCACGUCAACCUCCAGUGAAAGUGACACAGGUCAGGAAGCAGAGUAUUCCUUAUAUGAUUUUCUUGACAGCUGCCGUGCAAGUACCCUGUUAGCUGAGCUAGAUGAUGAUGAGGACUUGCCUGAGCCAGAUGAGGAAGAUGAUGAAAAUGAAGAUGACAAUCAGGAGGACCAAGAAUACGAGGAGGUUAUGAUUCUGAGACGUCCAUCCCUGCAGCGACGAGCCGGCUCCCGCUCUGACGUGACGCACCAUGCUGUCACUUCACAGCUACCACAGGUUCCUGCUGGAGGUGGGAGCCGACCAAUUGGGGAGCAGGAAGAAGAAGAGUAUGAAACUAAAGGAGGACGCCGGAGGACCUGGGAUGAUGAUUAUGUGCUAAAGCGGCAGUUUUCUGCUUUGGUUCCUGCUUUUGAUCCUCGACCAGGUCGUACUAAUGUCCAACAGACAACUGAUCUAGAAAUUCCACCUCCAGGAACACCUCAUUCAGAACUCUUGGAAGAAGUAGAAUGUACUCCAUCACCUCGAUUAGCUCUCACUUUGAAAGUAACAGGUCUUGGAACAACUCGAGAGGUUGAAUUACCCCUCACCAAUUUUAGAUCAACCAUCUUUUACUAUGUACAAAAAUUGCUCCAAUUAUCCUGUAAUGGCAAUGUGAAAUCAGAUAAACUUAGGCGUAUUUGGGAGCCAACAUACACAAUCAUGUACAGAGAAAUGAAGGAUUCUGACAAGGAAAAAGAAAAUGAAAAAAUGGGUUGUUGGUCUAUAGAGCAUGUGGAACAGUACCUUGGCACUGAUGAAUUACCAAAGAAUGACUUGAUAACCUACCUGCAGAAGAAUGCAGAUGCUGCUUUCCUGCGCCACUGGAAAUUAACUGGCACUAAUAAAAGUAUUAGGAAAAACAGAAAUUGUUCUCAGCUCAUAGCUGCAUAUAAGGAUUUCUGUGAGCAUGGAACAAAGUCUGGCUUAAACCAGGGAGCCAUUUCUACUCUUCAAAGUAGUGAUAUUCUUAAUUUGACAAAAGAACAACCCCAGGCCAAAGCAGGGAAUGGACAGAACUCUUGUGGAGUAGAAGAUGUCCUUCAGCUUCUGCGAAUUCUGUAUAUAGUUGCAAGUGACCCUUAUUCAAGAAUAUCCCAAGAAGAAGGUGAUGAGCAGCUUCAGUUUACGUUCCCACCAGAUGAAUUCACUAGCAAAAAAAUCACAACAAAAAUUUUGCAGCAGAUUGAGGAACCAUUGGCAUUGGCAAGUGGGGCUCUGCCAGACUGGUGUGAACAGUUAACCAGCAAGUGUCCUUUUCUGAUACCAUUUGAAACUAGACAACUUUAUUUUACAUGUACUGCAUUUGGUGCGUCAAGAGCAAUAGUGUGGUUACAAAACCGACGUGAAGCCACUGUGGAAAGAACAAGGACCACAAGUAGUGUUAGGCGAGAUGAUCCUGGAGAGUUUCGAGUUGGUCGUCUCAAGCAUGAGAGAGUAAAAGUUCCACGUGGUGAAUCGCUGAUGGAAUGGGCUGAGAACGUCAUGCAAAUACAUGCAGACCGGAAAUCAGUUCUUGAGGUUGAAUUUUUAGGAGAAGAAGGAACUGGCUUGGGACCCACAUUAGAGUUUUAUGCUCUGGUGGCAGCAGAAUUCCAGAGAACUGACUUGGGAACUUGGCUCUGUGAUGAUAACUUUCCAGAUGAUGAAUCUCGUCAGGUUGACCUUGGGGGUGGGCUGAAACCUCCUGGAUACUAUGUGCAGAGAUCAUGCGGACUGUUCACGGCGCCGUUCCCACAAGACAGCGAUGAGCUUGAAAGGGUCACAAAGCUCUUUCAUUUCCUUGGAAUUUUCUUGGCCAAAUGCAUUCAAGACAAUAGACUUGUGGAUUUACCUAUUUCAAAACCUUUCUUUAAACUUAUGUGUAUGGGUGACAUUAAAAGCAAUAUCAGUAAACUGAUUUAUGAGUCACGAGGUGAUAGAGACUUACAUUGUACUGAGAGUCAGUCUGAAGCUUCUACAGAAGAAGGUCAUGAUUCACUCUCUGUAGGAAGCUUUGAAGAGGAUUCAAAAUCAGAGUUUAUUCUGGAUCCUCCCAAACCCAAACCUCCAGCUUGGUUUAAUGGAAUUUUAACUUGGGAAGACUUCGAACUAGUAAACCCACACAGAGCAAGAUUUUUAAAAGAAAUCAAAGACCUUGCUAUCAAGAGGCGCCAGAUUUUAAGCAACAAAGCUCUUUCUGAAGAUGAGAAGAACACAAAAUUACAGGAGUUAGUGCUGAAAAAUCCAUCAGGAUCUGGGCCUCCACUUAGUAUAGAGGAUUUAGGUUUAAAUUUCCAGUUUUGCCCUUCCUCAAGAAUAUAUGGUUUUACAGCUGUGGAUCUCAAGCCAAGUGGUGAAGAUGAGAUGAUAACAAUGGAUAAUGCAGAAGAAUAUGUGGAUUUGAUGUUUGACUUUUGUAUGCAUACGGGUAUUCAGAAGCAGAUGGAAGCCUUUAGAGAUGGAUUUAAUAAAGUUUUUCCAAUGGAGAAAUUAAGUUCCUUCAGCCAUGAAGAAGUCCAAAUGAUUCUUUGUGGAAACCAGUCACCAUCCUGGGCAGCAGAGGAUAUUAUCAAUUAUACUGAACCUAAGCUGGGUUAUACACGUGAUAGCCCUGGCUUUCUGAGGUUUGUGCGGGUUUUAUGUGGCAUGUCUUCAGAUGAAAGGAAAGCAUUCCUGCAGUUUACCACUGGUUGUUCAACUCUGCCCCCAGGUGGACUGGCUAACCUGCACCCCAGACUCACGGUCGUACGCAAGGUUGAUGCUACUGAUGCAAGCUAUCCAUCAGUGAAUACAUGUGUGCAUUAUCUAAAGUUGCCAGAAUAUUCUUCGGAAGAAAUCAUGAGAGAGCGCCUUCUCGCUGCUACAAUGGAAAAAGGCUUUCAUCUCAAUUGA